CAUCAUCAUCAGGAGAGUAGUAUGUGAGGAUGUUGCUAAUUGUUGUUUACGUUCAGGAUGAGGGAAACAUGAAAGCAUUACAUCGCGAAGCCACUUGAUGAUUGCACAAAAUGGUGGCCCUUGUGCAUAUCCUCCAAUUUUCUUUCCCAGAUAAGUUAGUCAAUUGCCUGUAACAUUCUUGGUGGUACCCUUUUUCAUGACAAUUUCGAGGCAACUCAAUUAGCGAGACAUCCAGAGAUCUUCGACGCUGUGAUUGAUUUUUUCUAAUCUCUAUCGCUUUUAACACUCCGCUACUCGCGUGGGGUAUUUUGGACCCCGAGUUGCACUGAUUUGCUCACCGUUUUGUGGUGUGGGAGUCAAGGUUGGAAUAGCUUCUGCUAAUCUUUCGUGGCAGUCUGCUUUCUGAUAUGUGCCAUCUUGUACGUGCUUGCGUGCUAUAUUUACGAAGCUGCGUAAUCACAAAUAAUUUCCGGGGUAUUUUGGACCCCAGGCGACUAAAUUUGUUUGGAUAAAUUAUACUUGACUUUUUUUCAAAUUGUUGUUUGGUAAGUAGACAAAGGUAUUUACUUCAACAAAUUUCGUUAAACGUAGUUUCUAUAUUUAGAAUUCGUCAAAAAUGGCCAGCCGUGACCCACAACAAUGGCUUAAAUGGUUAAAGGAAAUCUAAGAAGAAGAAGAAAAUAAUUCAUCAGACUCUGAAGAAAGCGAUGAUGAAAAAGAUGUAUUGGAAUACGCCUCCCACCAACCUGUCACCGAGCAAGAAGCUGGAGAUGAAGAUAACCAUGGGUAACACUGCAAAUUUUCGCGUGUUGAUACAAUGACGCACACAGUGCUUACUGUAUCAAAACAGUGUGUCAACACUAUUGUGUUAUGACACAGUAUGUACGGUACGUGGGUACGGUGCCGAAACAAAAAAUGCGCUUACUGUGGCAACACCGAUCCAGUGCGAUGUGCCGACUUUGACAUUUAUUAAAACACGGGUAUGGCACGUUUUGGUAUUCUAGGAAUCACAAACGGUGACAAACGGCGAGGAAUAGAGGGAUUAUUCAAAUUCAAAGGCAAUCAGUCAAGCGGCCGGAGCUCAAUAUUCAAAGAGAAGACUCGUUUCGUUAUUAAUUUAUAGUUUUUUAUGCCUCGCAUAUAGCUAGUAGACUUACCUACCACGCCACGCAGUAUUUGGUUAACAUGAGUUCAAAAAAAAGCCAAGUUUGGACUCACUUUUCGGAGGAAACUGGGAACAAGGUAAAAUGUUUAUAUUGUGGACAAUUAUUAUCUGUUAAAAAUAAAUCAACAUCUACGCUUAUCCGACAUAUCAAGCUCAAACAUCCUACACAGCCAAUGAUUAGACACAUGGUAGCAGAUGAACAUCCAGUUGAAGGAGGUAGCUCCGCAGUUUCCCAACAGUUGCCUCAGCCGAGAGAAGCCCCUUCAACUUCCUCUAUAUCAGGGACAAAACAACCUCAAGCAUCAACUUUUUCACGCGCAAGUAAAAAUCCAACCAUCACUAGUUAUUUUCACAAACCUUUGACAAUAAUUAGCAAACAAAAAGAAAUUGAUAGACAGCUGAUAUGCAUGAUCACAAAAGAAUAUCAUCCUUUCAGCAUUGUCGAGGACAAAGAAUUUAAGCACCUACUCUAUUUAUUAAAUCCUAAUUACAAGCUUCCUACAAGAAAAACAGUUUCAAAAUCAAUGAUUCCAGCUAUUUAUAAUGAAACAAUUGACCUGGUCAAACGUCGUUUAGAUAGAGCUUUUGCAGUAUGUCUAACAACUGAUGGUUGGACAUCACGAACGAAUGACAGUUUUUAUAGUGUUACCGCCCAUUAUAUUGCGGAAACGGAGAAUAAUAUUUUGCUGUCUUCAGAUUUGUUAGGAUGUAUAUAUUAUAGAGAGCGACACACUGCUGAAAAUAUAUCCAGUAAGCUUAGAGAACUUAUAGAUGACUGGCAAUUAACAAACAAAGUAGCUGCCAUUAUAUCAGAUAAUGCAGCAAAUAUAAAAGCAACUAUACGCAUCGGUGGCUGGCGAUUUUGGGGAUGUUUUGCUCAUUCUCUAAACUUGGUAACACGGUCAGGUUUAAAUGAAAUUAAGGAAGUUGUAGAUAAGAUUAAAAAUAUAUCCAGCUAUUUUAAAAGGAGUAGCCAUGCAUAUUCUCAACUCAAAGCUUCUGCAGAACGUAUGGACAUACCCCCUCUAAAAUUAAUAAAUGAUGUAGCAACACGUUGGAACUCUACAUAUGACAUGAUAAAUAGAGUUUUACAAAUGAAAAAUGCGAUUAUAUCGACUUUGUCUAUUUUAAAUACUUCUCGCAGGAAUGAACAGGAUGAGUCUGAAAUUGAUCAACUGGACAAUGAAGAAUGGCUUAUUGCAGAGCAGGCGAUUAAAGUACUAGACAUUUUUUAUUUGGUAACAAUGGCCAUCAGCUCAGAAAAACAUGUUAGUGCCUCUCCCAUCAUAUUUUAUUACAAACAAAUCACCAAACAUUUAAAUUCUAUAAAUUUAGAUACGAUUAUGCCUCAAAUUGAAAAUAUGAUUAAAAAAACUUAAAUUAGAAUUAAAAAAACCGCUUUCAGGAUCUAGAAGAGAAGAGUUUAAUCGCGCAAGCGACUCUCUUGGAUCCUAGAUUUAAAAAAUCUGGGUUUAUAGAUGAGAGAAAAUAUAAACGAGCAGUAGAAACGUUAUAUAUCAAGGUAGCUAACACCACCUUAUUAGACGAAAUGCCAGAAAAUGGAAGAGAAGAGAAUGUUGAUGAUGAACAACAUGCCCAACAUGGCCAGGAUACUGCAACCAAAGAAGAAAAUCUACUUGAGGGUUUAUGGAAGGAUUUUGAUGUAGAAGUUCGACAACACUUAAAACCUGACAAUCCAAGAGCAUCGGCUAUUAUCGAAGUCGAUAAGUAUUUAGACGAACCCAUUUUACCUAGAAAGGAUAGCUUAGGGGUACAUCAAGACCCUCUUGUCUGGUGGAGUCAAAGGAAACACAUAUACCCCAAGUUAUACCAAAUUAUGAAAACGCGACUUUGCAUUAUGGCUACAUCUGUCCCGUGCGAGAGAAUAUUUUCGAAAGCUGGACAGAUCGUGAAUGAAAAUCGCGAAAGAUUAAAAACGGAUAAAAUAUCACAAGUAGUUUUUUUAAGUUACAAUUCAAAUAAUAAUGAUUAGUUCUUUUAUAUGUCUGAUUGAUUAUUCUGUUUUUUUACUAAAGAUAAAAGUAC